AUGACUGCUGAUUGGGAGAACACAUCCGUGACAAAGCAUAGUCUAGACGCCAUGAUAAGAAAGACUCAGCUAUCGAAUUGGUGCUCUCAGUUGAUACUGAGCGUGUACGCUAUCGCGGUUUUUCUGUACAGCAGCGUGUACAUCAACGUUUUUCGUAAAGCUGGUCGAGACGAUGUCAUCGUGGACUCCUCGCAAUUGUUAAUGAGAAUGGAACUUCCGUUGGCCAGUUACGAAAGACCGGCGUACCAAUAUGUCAUGAUUGCACAAUUCGUUCAAUUAAUGUUUGUUGCUACGGCCAUUGGCACGAUAGAUGCGUUUAUGAUCACGCUGAUAUUACACGUCGGAGGACAGGUGGAAAUGAUGCAUCAAGCUCUGGCCGCCGUUUGCUCUAAGAAUAAAGAACAAUGUCUACCAAAAAGCACCGUCAAACGUUUGGUGAACAGGCAUCAGAAAAUCUUAAACUUCACGAAGUACAUCGAGAAUCUGUUUUCGUACAUUGCUUUGAUGCAAAUAUUAUGCAACACGAUUAGUAUUUGUUGUAUAGGCUUCUUAAUGGUAGUGUCGUUUGAUACUGAUCAGAACCUGCGUAACGUGAUAAAAAUAUUAUUCUUUUAUAUCGCUAUCGUACUCGAAGCGUUUAUUUUUUGUUUCGCCGGAGAAUAUCUCAGCAGUAAGAGCACGUCAAUUAACAGCGCAGCGUACAAUUCACUCUGGUAUCUUUGGAAACCUAACGAGAGUCGUACAAUGCUCCUUUUUAUGAUAAGAUCACAAAAACGAUCGACGAUCACUGCCGGGAAUGUCAUGGAGUUGUCUUUAGAAGGCUUUGCAACUAUUAUGAAAGCUUCAGCAUCAUACAUGUCGGUGCUUCUAGCGAUGUCUUGA